UGUUUCUGCUGGACCGAUUUGGUUGGGUUUUUAAUUUCAUUGCGGGCAGGCUGGAGUGGUAUGACGGAGAGCGGAGCGGAGAGCGAGCUGCGAGGGAAUGGCAGUGUUCGCAAGGGCUGUGAUCCCUUUGCACAGACUCAGCGGAGCAAGCUGCAGCACCGCCGAGCUCGGAUUAACCAGCAAAUUAACAAGGAGAUGAGAAUGCGAGCAGGAGCUGAAAAUCUACUGCGAGCUACAACUAACAACAAGGUGAAGGAAAAUGUGGCUCUGGAAUUGAGUUUUGUGAACUCCAACUUGCAGCUCUUGAAGGAGGAACUAGAGGAACUGAACAGCUCAGUGGAAGUUUAUCAGAAUGGAAAUGAGUCUGUUAGUGUUCCCAUGAUUCCACUGGGCCUGAAGGAGACAAAAGAAGUUGAAUUGACGAUACCUCUGAAGGAUAUUAUUGAAGAACACUACAAUGAAGCAGCCUGCAAGUACGAAAAGGAACUGAAGGAACUUAUGGAUCUCAGGCAGGCAAUGCGAACUCCAACCAGGAAUGAAGCUGGGAUUGAGCUUCUAAUGGAAUACUACAACCAGCUUUACUUCAUUGAUAACCGUUUUUUCCCACCCAAUAAAAACAUGGGUAUCUUUUUUCAUUGGUAUGACUCUUUGACUGGCGUUCCUUCCUACCAGCGGGCCCUGGCAUUUGAAAAGGGAAGCAUACUCUUCAACAUUGGUGCACUCUAUACGCAGAUUGGUGCACGGCAGGACCGGACCACCACGGAGGGCAUCGAUCAUGCCAUUGACGCCUUCCAAAAGGCUGCAGGUGCAUUGAACUACUUGAAAGAAAACUUCUCUAAUGCACCAAGCCUUGACAUGAGCACGCCAUCCCUCAACAUGCUGGUGCGUCUGAUGAUCGCACAAGUACAGGAAUGCGUCUUUGAAAAAGUGAUGGUGGCAGGAGUUAAGGACGAGUUCUUAAUGCAGCUACAGAGUGCACAGGAAGCUGCAAGGGUGGCAGAUGUGUACUCCUUGGUCUAUCAGACAAUGACACAACCCCCAGUGAAAAACUACGUUCCGUUCUCUUGGACAACCCUGGUUCAGGUCAAAUCCGAGUAUUUCAAAGCAGUUUCUCACUAUUUUGCAGCAGUUGCACUGUGUGACCAUAUGAUGGGUCCUGACGAUGAAGAAAGUGAACAAGUAAAGGCCCUUCAGCAACUACAUGUGACAAUGCCGGAGGGUCCCUCGUUAAUCACAGUACUGAAAGAUAAAGAAGAGCGACGUAAAUUAGGGAAGGCUCAUUUGAAAAAAGCAAUAAUUAAGCAUGAGGAAGCAAUGAGGAUUCACAGUCUGUGUCGGAUUCUGAGGAAGAUGGAUAUCCUGCAGGAGGUGCUAGCUGUUGUCCACAAACGAUCACUGAAGAAGUACUCUGAAAUCGAUCAUGAGGAUGACUUUUUUGAUACUGUUGAAGCUCCAGAAAUUCAUCCAAAAACACAGCAGAAACCAGAAAUUAAAACUCCAAACUUCUCCAAGGUGAAAGUCACAGAUAUUUUUCACAGAUUGGGGCCUUUGUCAGUUUUCUCUGCCAAGAACCGGUGGACCCCAGCUAGAGAAGUUCACCUUAAGAAAAGUGAAAAAGGAUUUGGAUUCACUCUGCGUGGAGAUUCACCUGUCCUUAUCGCAGGAGUUGUACCUGAUGGCUCUGCAGAUGAAGCUGGUCUCCGAGAAGGAGACUAUCUUGUGUCAGUGAAUGAACAGGAUUGCAAAUGGUCCAAGCACACUGAUGUAGUUCAGUUAUUGAAAAAUAUCAGCACAGACGGUGUCAGUAUUGGGGUGAUAACUCUGAUUACCUCUGAGCAACAGAACAAUCAAGCUGACAGAAAAUCACUUCUAGGUACAAUGUCCUCAGCAAGCAUCUUCUCUGGGAAUGAUAAGGAGAACAGUAGGAAAAUUGCUGAUUCUAGCAAGAGUCCAGGCUUGCUUCUCACCUGGAACAAGAAGAAGAAUUCAAGCAAAGAUGGCAGCACUCACAGCUUGCCCUUCAUUGCUGUAACAGAUGAUGGAUCAUUCUACUGAAAAGUCUUAUCAGUCCUAACUUAUGAGAAUUAUUUACUAGUUCCACAAACAUAUCCAUCUCAAUUAAGAAUGAGAAUUAUUUACUAGCUCCACAAACAUAUCCAUCUCAACUAAGGAUGCAGAAUGGUUCUUUAGAAGUUCAUCUCACUUGAAGCCCUAUCAAUCAUGCACUACAAGAUGUAUUAUCACUCAGCUCCUUUCAUAGGGGAGGCAGUGGCAUAGCGGUAAUGUCACUGGACUAGUAGCUCAGAGGCCUAGAUAAUGCUCUGGGGAUGAGAGUUUAAAUUUUAUAUUGGCAGCUGGUGGAAUUUAAAUUCAAUCAAUUAAUAAAUCUGGAAUCAGUAAUGGUAAUCAUUGAUUGUCAUGAAAACCCAUCUGGUUCACUAGUGCCACCCUUACCACCUCUGGCCCAGAUGUGACUCCAGAACCGCAGCAACGUGGUUGAUUCUUAAAUGUCCUCUGAAAUGGCCUAGCAAGUCACUCAGAUAUGCUAAGCUGCUAUAAAGUCUUUGUUGAACUUGUAUUAAACUGUUUCUAUACUGGAAGACUUGUUUGUCAAAGAAAAUGGUAGUGGGGUGAAGUCAGACGCAACAAAUCGGGGCUUUGAUAUUUUGUUGUAGUUUCACUGCUGCCAGUUUAGUUAAAGUGGAAGGGCUUUCAAUGCUAGGCUUGAUGAAAGGUUUACCCAAAACAUUUGUCUUUCUCUUUAAGAUGCUGAAUGAUCUGCACAUUUCUAGCAUUUUGCAUUUCUACCAUAUAUACUCAAGUAAAGCAGAGUUUUUUAGAUCAAAUUUUUAGGCCAAAAAGUAGGGGGUCGACUUACACGUGAGUAAUAUUUUCGAAGGUUUGAAAUCCAUGUAUUUUGAAGGGACAACUGUUAUUUCGAAAAAUAUUUACCAAUUAUCUGUAAGCUAGGCCAUGCUUUUGGUAGGCUGAGCAGCAAUAGUCAUAACCUAGAUUUUUCUUGAGUACGAUGAGGGCAAAACCACACACAAUCGCCAUGUUCCACUUUAAAUCUACAAUUAAAGAUAUAUCUCUCACUUUAAUUUACGUUAAUUCUAUUGCCAUCCUCUCCCAUCGUCUCUUGUAGCAGAGGAUAAUGUACAUAAUCCAAAAGAAUUAGUACAUUCGACCAUAUGAGGAAAUUAAAAUUACAGGUAGUAACAGGUUAUUUAUCAUGUUGGCUGGUUUGGAGAGCAUAUUGGCAGAAGUACAGUUUCCGACCUGGCAACACUUGAUAGCAUCUGUUUUGCUGGCGUCCUGCCUCUGAAUGGAUUAAUAACUGACAGUAUUUUUUGUCUCAGAUAGCUUUAUAAGACGUAAUUUGGAGCAUGGUACCAGAGGAUAUGUGAUAAAGUGUAGGUAAUCUAAUGGUAUUGGUAGCAUGACUAUAACACCAGGGAAUUAUAGUUACUGGUUUACACAAUUUUAGUGUAGCAUCGUACAACAAAAAACAUGAAAAAAACUUGUUCUACUAUCCCUUAAAAAAUAAGAUUGACCUGUACACGAGAUAUGAUUUGGCUAAAAGUGAAGGGUCGACUUUUAUACGAGAUCAACUAUUACUUGAGAAUAUAUGGUAAUUGAGCUUUUCCUCACUGGAUGAGAGUUUAUUAACUAUUUUUAACUCAUUGUUAAUAAAUGACCAUUUCAAGCUGUUGUUUAUCAGAUCUCCCAUCAUGACAGGCCUUAUCUUGCUUAAUUUUAUGCUUACCAGGAGCUUAUGCUUUUCCCCUUCAGCCAAAGUUUUAUUUUUGUCCUGUGAAUAGUUUGUUCAUAGCUUGUUGUGAUCUGUCUUCAACAAAAACAGUGGUGAUCUAGCAGAUUAUCAGAAGGCAAUAUUUUAUUUAAAAUAGUAUUAACCUGCCUCAGGACAAAUGGUACACUAGAGGUUCAAGAUCCUUCUGUCUUGUCCCACGGGUUUCAGUAUUACUUUCUACCCUGUAAGGCAUUUAAUUUGUGUUCGCUUAUUCUAACUGUUCUCUUGGUUUGAUCCUUCAUAUAAUCUGCAAGUUGGAACCUGCCUACAGUGUCAUUUACUUUCCACCGCUUUCUCACUGAAAACAAAGCAAGUUAUAUUGCAUGUAUUAGGAAGUUGUGCUGGGUUUAGCUUGGUAGAAUUAAUUUAAUUUAUCCCUUGCUGCUGUCAUGUAGAGAUUAUCUCAAUGACAAAAACUUAAUAAAAAGCCCAAUUAGAUUUUAAUCUAGUUGCAAUUUUUCUUUAACAUUCUGUUUAUGGCCAAAUAAAUGGCUGUACUCAGAUCUGUGAAUAAGACAAAAGAAUCUUCAUCCUCCAUCUACCAUUGUCCCAGAGACUUGAAUCUUUGGCAUGAGUUCUAUCGAAAACGUAGUUUUUUAAAAUAUACUAAAUUUAAUUAGCUGUUCCUGCAAAUGUUUUGGGUGGAUGAAACUGCACACUAUAAAUUUUAACAGCUGUUGAGCAUCAUGAUACUGUAAAUUCAUGCAUAAUGGCUAAUAGCAGAGCCUAAAGCAUUAAGCCUGUGGAAUUUUGGGUUUGGGCAGGGUUCAGGCUACAUUCUAAACUGAAUCUUUAACUGCCUCCCCUAUCUUAUAUAAUUAAAUUUCAACUUUAAAACUGGCAGCAAUUAGAAGUCUGACAUUCAGUACAGAGAUUCACUGAAAUGUGUCACCUCUUUGUUUUCAAUGUGAGAAAAUGUAGCACUUAUUUGUCUGUUUUUUUAAAGAAAUCAUUUUUUUGUAGGUGCUAGUCCUUUGCCACUGGAUGAAACUAACUGUAGGUGACACUUUGGAAAAAGUUAAUUCAUGGGUGACUAACUUGCCAUUGGAAAAGCAUGUGAGGAAUUUAUUUGUGUCAUGUCCAUUCUCUAUAUUCAGGCACAAUUAUCUGUGUUUUUGUAAGAAAAAUUUCAUAGUCACUCUCAGUGCUGCUGUACAGCAACAUAAACUAACUGUCCAGUUGAAUGAGUUUUAUCUCCUGAAGAACAGUUUGACCAGUUCAGUUUGCUGGAGGAACAAGGAGUCAGUUAGAAAAUGUCUGCUUUUAUAUUCACAGCUUCUCAUGCAUACAUGAUUGAGUUGAACAACAUAAAAUUCUAUAAGUAAAAAAGCAUAACUGUGGAAAAAAAGAAAAAUGUAACAUUUAUGUGGCGCAUUUCAGAACUGCAGGGCAUCCUAAAGCGCUUUACAACCCAUGAACCACUUUGGAAGUAUAGUCACUGCUGUAAUGUAGGAAACAUGGGCAGGUACUAUCAUGGAAUUUGCAGUUUCUGAAUGGAUUAAAAAUUAUACCUGGUAUUUCAUAUAAAACCAUAUAUUCAUAUGGUUUAUAUGGGUCAGUGCCAGUAGCACAAUGUAGUUACCUAAUGAACCAUUAUUACUUUAGAGCAGAGCUGGCAAUCUAGGAACAAUCCAGCAACUUACAAGGUUACUUAGACAGUACCUUCUUUCCCUGAAACUUUACUGGUAAGAUGGACAAAAUCAGGAAUGUUUUGGGAACAGCAGCAUCUUUUGUUCUACCCUAUUCUGACUGGAGAUAUAUCACUUCUUUUUCAUUGUUCCUUGGUCAACAAUCUGGAAAUCUCUACCUAAUGUUAUUGUAUAGCACCAUCACAACAAGAAUUGGAGCAAUUAAGGAAGAUGGCCCAUCAAUAUCUUCUCAGGAUAACUAGUGACAGGCAAUAAAUGCAAUCUUGCUGGUGCCAGCCACGGUCUGUGAAUAAAUAAAAAAUUUUUGAAACAAUAACUGAAAGAGUAGAAAAGUGUAGCAUAAGGGAUAAACUAUUGUAAAAGCUGUUAUCCUAAUAACGCAUUUUUCAUGAAUUUCUAAGAUUCUGUUUUAUACUUUUACCCAUUCUUGCCCGUUUGCCAUAGACCAUGAUAUUACUGAGAAAAUUUGUGAAAUAUACUGCCUGAUCCCAUUAUGGUAGUUUGAAGAUAUUUGAAUGACUUGUAAUGACUAGCCUAGCAGUUUAUUUAAAUAAGUCAUCCUUACCACCCCCAGCCUGCCUUAUGAUGUUUGCAAACUUGUCUCUGCUGACCACUUUUCUGUGGAAGAAGCAGCUCAGAUCAGGAGUCUUUCCAUUCAAUGCCCCAGUGGGUUAAAACAAACAAUUGUACCAGCUGCACUCUGUCUAAAACAGGUGAGUCCUUGCUAGAUAUGAGUGAUAAUAUCUUCCAAAGCAUACUUGGUUAAGAGAUUUAGUGCCAGGCUGAAUGCUAAUCUGAAAUUUGUAUGAAAAGUUUCAGGAAAAUUAUCUUUUUUUCACAACUACAUCUGAUUUCACAAAUGAAUUUAUUUGCGUAAAUGUUUUCAAUCAACAUUUCCUUGGUGUAUGAGAGGUUCAUUCAUCCCCUGUCUUGGAAGAAAAAAUUCGGAGCAAUGGUUGGCUACCAUUUUCAUAUCCCAUGCAUUAACAGCUGAUAUUUCAGCAAUCAACAGUUGCUACCAGCAUUCUGAAUUCUGCCCUACAGUGCAAACUGAGUGAAUUCAGAGCAACAGAAGCAAUUUUAAACGUAGAAGCAAGUUAUCAAAGUAAUUGAGUUCUGAGUGGAUAUGCAGUUAUUUCAGGACAUAGCUUUUUUUCCGUCCAUUUUGUUUACUAUUUUUUAAAAAAAGGUUUCCAUUACAAUAAACAUGCAGCAAUUUUGUAAAAUUAUUUUAAAAUUAAGACUAUAGCAGAACUAAAAGGUUAUUGGUUAAUAUUGUGGCAGUGUAGAAGUUAGGCACUGUCACUUUAGAAAAAAAACAAAAAAACUGCGGAUGCUGGAAAUCCAAAACAAA